CUACCACCUACCUCCAUUCGACCCAGCCCCGUCACCACACCCACUCUUAGUUGUCGUCGUCACCGUGAUCAAGAGCUCCGGAAAGAACUCCAGAGCGAGCGAAUAUCAGCAAGUACCAUGCAUCCGCUGAACAUGGACGUCGAGCGCGGCGCAGCAUCGAGGUUGACGACGACUGGAAGAGCUUGGAACUUCACGCUCGUUGCAGUAGAGUGGCUCACAUUGUCUCCGGACGCACCACCAGGGCACCAGCAUCUGUUAUAGAAGGCCAUAUCAUGGCGGAUACCGAAGGUGGCAUGGAUUUCGCAUCCUUACUCCGAGACUUCGGCAACAGGGCCGCUGCCCACAUCGACGACUUGCGAAACCGGAACAGUUAUCUGACCGACCAGGUCGCCAAAGUCAAAGAUGCUCGGGCUCAGCAUGACGCUCUCCAGCGCGAGCACAACCAACUGCUCACCAGGCUGAAGCUGGCGCAAGAUGCGAGCAAGAAUUUGAAAAAGGAGAACACCACACAUAGCGCAACACUCCGUCGCCUCGAAAACGAGACGAGCUCGGCUCUGAAAAAAGCGGAUUUCGCCUCUAGAGAACUAGCCACCACCAAGAACAGUCUUUCCAAAUCUGAACAGACGAUUAAACAGCUACACUCUCUAACAUCCACCUUGGAACAUACAAUCGGUGCCAAAGACAAGGCGAUGGCUCAACUUCUGAGCGAUAAGACUUCAAAGGCACUCCGGUGCAAGUUACUUUCAGAAGAGAACAGCGCACUGAAGGCUAAUCUCCGUCAACUGACCGAGGGGUUAGAGGUCGCUGUCGCCGAAAAGGAGAAGCUCUCACAAUCGUGUGCCACUCAGCAGGCCACUGUCAAGAAGCAGAUUGCCGAGAUGAGCAAGUGGAAUUUUCGAAGCGACGGUUUCCCAACAAAAGACGUCAUGUUCCAAGAGCUCUACAAGACCAUCCAAGGCCUCCAGGACCACAAGUACGCCGCAGCAGGUGAAUUGCGCCAGACUCGCGAUCAACACGACCUGAUCAGGACAGAGCUGCGCACACUCGAGAUCGAGUGCGAAGACCUGAUGGAUCAUCGUGAAAUCCUAGCGCACCAACUGGAAGGGCAUAAGAAGAUGCUCUCAGAGUUGGAGAUUAAGUUUGCAGACCCCAUCGAAAAACUGCAGCGCGUAGAAGGGCAAGUCAGAGAUGGCGAACUGGAGCGCCGGACCCUCGGUAACGCUGCUCGAGAGAUUUCCAAUGUCCGAGUGGCUGCCGCAAUGCUUAGCCACUUCGAGAGGAAUCCUCAACAAGAGUUUGAGACGAACAGUGUCACGUUCGGUAUUGGCCAAGCACCAGACCACGGAACAAGCUUGCAUCAGCUCUGGGCGAACCUCGACUCGCCCGAGCAUGUCAAACCCUGGCGCUCACGGGCAGGUCUUGAAAUCGCACCGUAUGGGCGAUGCUUAACA